AUGUUGGUCCACCUGGGCUGCCAGAAACCGGACCUCACCAGGUUGCUAGCGCUGGUGGAACCGUUGCCGUGGUGGGCGCGGGUUCUUGCGUUCGGUUGUCUCCACCGCAUCCUCCAAUGCUUCAAUCUCCGCAUCAACAUCCAAUCCCGCCCCAAUGGUGGACGCAUCUUCCUCUAUCCUUGUGCCAACCGAUGGGAUCUGGGUGACCGAGUCGUCGUCCCGGGACCCGUUGCGGUAGCGGCGUGCGAAGUGACCCUCGGAUGGAAAUGGGGAACUCCUGGAGGGCGACCGUGGUAG